AUGUCUGCCCGGGAUUUGGCAGUAGAAGUGAUCUUCUUAUCGCAGACUGUAUUUGGAAUGCUGGGGAAUUUCUCUGUUCUUUACCAUUAUUUCUUCCUUUGCUGCACUGGGCAAAGGCUGAGAACCACAGAUUUGAUUGUCAAGAAUCUUAUUGUAGCCAACAUCUUGGUUCUCUUCUCCGGUGGAUUUCAUGAUACAGUGAAAAAUUUUGAGUGGCAUUUCAUGGACAGUGAUUUUGCAUGCAGAUUUUUCCCGUAUGUUCGUGUAGUUGGCAGGGGCGUGUCCAUUGGCACCACCUUCCUCUUGAGUGUCUUCCAGGCCAUCACCAUCUGUCCCACGACUGUCAAAUGGGCAGAACUUAAAGUGAAAGCUCUCAAAUGCAUGGUUCCUUCAGUUACCUUGUGCUGGACCCUGAACAUGCUGGUGAAUGUCAUUUUUCCUAUGUAUAUGAGCGGAACAUUGAGAAACAGAAGCAUCACAAACAGAAAAGAUUUCGGAUACUGUAGCGCUGUCAGUCAUGGCCAACCUGAAGACUCAUUAUAUGCAGUAUUACUCUCCUUUCCUGAUGCCUUAUGUUUUGUGCUCAUGAUCUUGGCCAGUGGCUUCACAGUUUUCAUCCUGUACAGGCACAAGCAGAGGGUCCAAAACUUUCAUAGGACCAACAUCUCCUCCAUAUCCUCCCCUGAGUCCAGAGCUACCAAAACCAUCCUUCUCCUGGUGUUCACCUUUAUCUUUUUCAACAUCCUUACUUUUUUAUGUAAUAUUAUUUUGGCUAUUUUUGACAGUAUUGAUGUUUUCUUUGUGAAAACCUCUGCAAUAAUCAUUGCAUGUUUCCCAAUGCUCAGCCCCUUUCUGCUCAUGAGCCGAGACUCCAGGAUAUCCAGGAACUGCUUUGCUGGGAUAAGGCACUCAAAAUCUCCUACCCCUAUUUGUGCUAAGUCUCUUCAGUAA